UGGGACCGCUUGGAUUCAAACCGCCUGGUCUAUUCGGAUUCUGAAUACGCGCGCUGAUUGGUCUUUUCCGUUUUGGCCCUGCGCGGUGGCUUCUCAACAUCAUCAACAUGGCCGCCGCAGAAGCCGAAGCUAGCGCGUAUAGCGCUAGUUUCAUUGACCAGGCAAUUUUGUCUGUCGAGGCUGAAUUGGAUGGAAUUUCGGGGCUAAAAGCUGAACAGAAGGGUGCCCUAAAAGCUAUUCUUAACGGAGAAGACGUUCUGGCCCUGCUACCAACCGGGUUCGGCAAGAGUUUAAUCUACCAAGUCCUGCCUCGCGUGUGCAAGAAGCUCCCGAUUGUGAUUGUAGUGUCCCCACUAGUGGCUUUAAUGGAAGACCAGAUCAAAGAGGCGUCGAAAUUUGGCGUUUCGGCCGCACAACUGGGCAAAAGCGACGAAGAGAUCUUGAGCGGAAAGGCGGAGCUUGUGUUCGGUAGCCCCGAGAGUUGGCUUCUGAAUGAGAAAUGGCGGGGUAUGCUGGCUUCUUCCCGAUACCGACGCAACAUCGUCGCCAUUGUCGUAGACGAAGUGCACAUGACAUACAAAUGGGGAGAAGGUCCAAAGGGAAAUCCAGCAUUCCGAGAAAGCUUCAGCCGGUUGGGAGAACUGCGCUCACUUGUCAAAGAAGGAACACCUAUCCUGGCACUGACCGCCUCGGCAGACAGACCAUCCAGAGACCGUGUCAUCAAAAUCCUUCGAAUCAUAUUUGAAGUUUUUGAUGACAUACCUGAACCUGAGCCAUCAAAGUUAACUCAAACCCCUGUACCUUCUGUGAGUUUCAAUGGAUACUUCGAUGAAGACUCUGAUGAUGAUGAUGCUCUGUAUCAUGCCCUUGAUGAUACUGAUUUCAGUGCCUUGAACAUGUAUGAUAGUGAUGAAGAACAUGAAAACUGA